AUGGGUGAUGGCACACGUGGUGGGAAGGAGGGAUGGUAUAGCACGCAGACGGAUGACGAUGACGACCGGCAGUCUGCAGACUUUGCGUCGCGAUGUCUCGAGAGCCACGCCAACGGCGUGCAAGACGUUCCGGCCGUUCUCUACCCUCUGCUCGGGCGCGCCCGUGCACUCGCUGGCCGCGGACGACUGGGUGCUCGACCUGGAGAGCACGGCGUUCCCCGGAAGGCGCAGGAGCUCAACGCGGAGAGUCACCCGGACGCAUGCUUUGACACGACGCUCGUGAGUAUCCCGAGGGCCGAGCCCGGGGACUAG